CAGAUUACAGUUGAAAUACCGUGCAGCGAAGAAGAAAAUCUGAAAACGUUUCUCCAACAAAGCUGUGGGAAAACUUGUGAGGGUAUGUCCAGCUAAGUUAUUCGGUUAUACUCUUUGUCAAAAAUUACUAACAUGAGAUUUAAGUCUGAAUUAAACUGUGUAGAAAUCUGAGACAUUACAACAGAUUAAAUGCUGCCCAAAUUUGAUCAAUUGACUCAUUGUUAUACACUGUUUACUGUUUCAGACAUAGGCGAGACUGGUAAAAAUGAGGGAGGAGAAGAAGAAGUUGUCAGCACAGUGUCGAUCGCACAUGAUCUAAGAAAAUGGCUGAGGGAUAACGCAGUUUCGUUUGCCGUUUUUGCAAAAGAAGUCAUCAACUGGUCUCAAGGUACUGUCUUCACUUCUCAAUGGGCCACUGGAGGCGCUUCCUUCAGGCGCUGGACACAAGGCGUGGCAAAAAAUGAAAAAAUUUCUGACAAGCCCUGAAGAGCAGCAAAAGCUAUUGGAUAAAAAAAAAUCAUAAAAGGUAAUAUAAUUUUAAAAAUGAGUUUUCAUUGAAUUCAAAGUAGAUUAUUGUCACUUUUUUUGUCUUUUCGGGAAGACCAUGCGACAAAACACUGGAUAAAAGCGGCAACGUGGUCGCAGUUUCGUCAGGUUUCGGUGAGGAACCUUCUUUUUUUUCAUGUUCUACUUUCACAGGGCAAAAGAAACCAAAUGAUGAUGCCAGCACCAGCCACCCUCAAGCUUCUCAAAAACGGGAGGUUUUCCAGAAAGUGAAAACUUCAAGCAUGCAUGCUGUUUUUAAGGCCUCGAACAGCCUACCGUCUGCCAGCAUGACAGAACAGCUCGCAGAGUCGACGGACUUGACAAAGAGCCAGGUAAUAAAAAUUAUACAGUUCUCACCUUUUGGUCUCGACAUUUUUACGUUGUUUUCCUCAUCUAAUAUCCAUCCUGGUUUUAUUUGGUGGGUCUUUUCCCCAGUGUGACGUUUCAGUAACCAAACGGGUUGAAAAUAAUUCUGGCAUUUUAACGUCACUUGACAAGCCUCACACUUAAAGCUACUUUCAAAAUUAUUUCGCGAUGAAAUCGCAAAGUAGUAUCCCAAGGAAUUUAGUUGUUCUUGAAUGGCAGUGAUACUCGUGUGAGGUGCGCAGAUGUGGGAGAAAAGCUAAACGAUAAAGGGACCAGAAGGUGAAGUAACACAGUGAUCAACAUCAUUCACCCCCUGAUCAUUGAAAACGGAUGAACUCGCCUAGCUUUCCAUUUACUUGACUGAGUUUGCACAGGGCCUGCACUGCACACGCUAGCAGCAGCUCUCUGACAAUGCCAAUUGUUUGUUAUGCUCCCCGUGUAGCUCGCAGUCAUCUUUAUAAAAAAGAGGUGUGACAUUUUGCAGAAAAGUGUAAAAAGAAGACAGUUCUUGACUAGUGCUACUACUACUAUUACUACUACUACUACUACUGCGGUUAUUUACAUUUUUAUUUUCUCCACAGGUUACAAUUUGGUUUCAGAACCAUCGCAGGCUGGCAAAAGAGGGAAAGUAUGUACCCGGACAGUACAGUCAGCCUGAGUCACAGUGAACACUGCAGUGAAUAAACAAAAUAAACAUAACGAAUGGUUUUAAAAUUUUAUUUCGUGUCAUUGCUCUGUUCAUAUGAAAAAAUCAUAACCCAUUUUAAUACAGUACCGGAAGUGGUGUAUUUAAGUAGCAAUAAUAUGCACUUUUUGACUGUGUGGGAGGGCCUGAUGGGAGAAUAAAGUGGAGAAUAAUUGGCACAAAAAUAAUAUUUUAAAUAAAGGCGAAUGUCUCUCGCUAUGAUUCCUGGGAACAAGAAUCACUUCUGCGAGGCUUUGUCACUGUUUGCUGUGCUUGUCACCUUUGUUGCCCACCUGGAAUAACUUUUUGCUACUCAGUAAAUCACUCUUGGGAAUUCCACACGGAAGAUCGAGGUGGACCUGAAAGAAGAAGAAAAAGAAAUAACAAUAAGCUUAAUCGUGUUUGAAUGACGACUGCAUCCCAGGUCAGCGGAAUCUUUGCAAUGAACUCGAAGCUAAAUCGAUCAAGUUUGUACUAACAACAGCGCUGUAACAACAAGGUAUGUUAAUUGUCUUAAUCAUUUGUGCUGUUUUUCAUGGAGCCACAUCAAUGAGCAAUUCUCAAACUUUGCUGCUGAGGUUUAAAAAUGAUAUACGAUCUGCGUACACUCCCGCAAUACCUGAAGAUACAGAGACAUGAAUUUAGUGCCAAUCGAUGAAGUUCGCGACCACCUAAGUCUGAUUAUCGAUUGAUCGUCGAUUGGCGGAUGCCAAUCGAUGCUAAUCAACAGUAAUUAAUCGAUUGUCAUCGAUUGAUCGAUUGAUUUUCAGAUCAUCGGUUUUCAUCGAUUGUUCAGGUCCUUCCGAAAUUGAAACGGUAGAAGAAAUGAUAGAAACAGAAAAUGCUACAUGCAACGAAGAAAGUGAAACGAGUGAUAUUGAUGCUAUCACCAAACAGGAUGUGAGGACGCAAACAAAUGAAAUUGAGUUCACGGAUAGCAGCGAAACAGAAAUGAAUCAGCAAUUAAUUGACCUAAAAUCUAAACUUGAGAAGGCAAAUCAGCACAUUCAGUCUCUUCAAAAGCAGAUGUUUACAGUCGAUAGGUUUAGAGGUGAUGACUCCUCUAUCAAGUUUUAUACUGGUUUUCCAAACUGGGAUACAUUUGAUGCUGUUUUCAAAUACUUAAAUCCAGGAAAUGAGGGGCAAAAUAUAUCUUACUGGGUCUCAAAGUUAAAUUUGAAUGUAUCAGCAGGAGUGUAUGAGGGUGAAAAUGACGAACUAAUCAGAAAAAGAGGAACAUCAAGAUCCUUGCGACCAGUUGACGAGUGUUUUGCAGUCAUGUACAGACUGAGGCAAGGGUUUGCUGAGGAACAUUUGGCGCAUCUUUUUCAAGUUUCACUAUCAACAAUCAGUCGGAUUUUUAUAACGUGGAUCAAUUUUAUGUAUUUGAAACUUGGUCAAAUAAACAUUUGGCCCACACGUGGGAAGGUUAAUGAGACCAUGCCAGAAGACUUUAAACAAAAAUAUAGCUCCACCAGAGUUAUCAUAGAUUGUUCUGAGGUCAGAUGCCAAAUGCUCAGUAGUCUCCACUUGAAUGGGGAAUUAUUUAGCAACUACAAACACCACACAACCCUGAAAGGGUUGAUUGGCAUUUCUCCUGGUGGAGCAAUUACUUUUAUCAGCCAAUUGCAUACUGGGAGCAUUUCUGAUAAAGGAAAUAGUAGUAAGAAGUGGAUUGUUAGAUUUGCAAUUCCAGGAAAAAGAUUCUAUCAUGGCUGACAAGGGAUUUACCAUACAGGAUUUGCUCCCUUUGAGAGUAUCUCUAAACAUCCCGCCCUUCCUUGGUAGCUCUGCACAAAUGCCAGCAAAUGAUGUAGUUUGCACUCAAGAAUUUGCCAGUCUACGUAUACAUGAUGAG